AUGGACAAGACCAAUAAUGAAUCCGACAACACGCCUAUACCAGAAGAAACGAAACGAAAAGCCACAGAGGAUCGUUCGGAAAGCGAACCACCCGCGAAGCGACAAAAGACCUGUUCUUCUCCUGGCGCUGAGCCUGAUGUGGGAGGGAUACAGACAAAUAUUUACAUCGUAAGCAGAGAAGGACCAGUUUUUGCUUAGCCGACUUUUCUUUGUAGCCUUCUAUUCAACAUUUGUCUAAGCCCGAGAUCUUUCCCAGUAUAUACUUUCUCGAUGAGUGUAUGUUCAGAAAGUUGAAGUGCCAACUUCCGCAGACUAUACCUGAGACCCCUCCGGAAUUCACAAACCUCUUUGACACACACAACAGUUUAGACCUGUACUUCAAAGGAACACAGACAUAUUUCCCUUUUAGUAAGUAUCCUUGUGUAGCUGUGGCACCAUGAUCCCAACUAACGUGUUGUCUUCAGUUCUAGGAGCUCGCUUAUGGGAAGAUGUAGAAGAAUGGUACUGCCGAAAGCCCAGCGAUGAUAUUUCCAAAACGAAACUAUACACGGACACAACACUGCUUUUGCUUGUACUACAAGCCCUCAGCAAUUUAGUUUCGAGAGAGGCGCAAGAUUAUUAUCAGAAAGCAAAAUUACUGUCUGCUGACCUAGAAUCUCGGAAUGUGAACUCACUCAGAUGCUUCCAGGCAGGUUUGUUGAUUGCGUUGUAUGAGAUUGGACAAGCUAUAUAUUCAGCUGCUUAUAUAACAAUUGGUCAUUGUGCUCGAGUUGGUCACGCGAUGCGACUCCACGAAGAAGAAUCUAAGUAUAAAAUACGGGGUGGGUUUUAUGUUGAGUCUAAAAUCCGAGGUGGGUUUCAUGUUGAGGCUUCACAGAUAUGUCAACUAAUUGGGAUAUGAAUAGCUCUUGGAUCAGUAUCUGAGGAACGACGGCGAGCGUGGUGGGGCCUUGUUAUGUUGGAUAGGUAAGUCAACCGCUCCAUGCCCUUUCGCUACCUUGCUGACGAUCAAGAAUGGUCAAUAUCGGCCGCGACGAUGCCCUACUUGCUUGCGACGACGAAAAUCUACUUGAUAAUUCCCCCAUCUUCAAUUGUUUCGGGGUAGAAGGAUCACGUCUCUUCGACACAAAUGCUCCGAAUAGCCAAUUAAUCACUUCUAACUUAUCCUUCACUUGUCAAGCUAUCCAACUUCUCUCACGCACGUUACGUUCCAGAGAUAGAGCCCCAGGCCCAUGGUUCUCUUUGAUGUCAGGUAUAGACAUCAAUGCUGACCUUGAUCGUCUUAUCUCGACAGGAGAAUCGAAGUUACUGUCUUUUAAUUUUGGCAAAACUAGCUUUGAACCAAUCAUAGUGACAGGGCUGUCUAUAUUAUACAGCGCUAAAUUUUCAACCAGAGCAUUUGCCAAAAACCUUAAAGCGGAUUGCGAAAAGGUCGACAAUCUAGCAGGCUUGGUGGGCGGUAUUGUUUCUUCAAGUGAUUGGAGAAAGAUCAACCCUCUAAUUUGCCACUGCUUCUAUGAAGCCGCAAAGGUUUACUCAAGUUUUAUCCACGAUACAGAGAAGUUCGGUGAUGCCGAGCGAAAGGUAUUUGAGAGCAAAGCAACGCUCCUGGUAAAUGUGCUAAAAGAGUUGGGGAACAAAUGGGAACUUGCUAGUAACACAUCUCCUCCAAAAUUACUUUUAUGGAAGUUCACUAACUCAUAUAGAUGAAUACCUUUCAAUUUUAUAUCUUGAUAAUGAUGCUCAUACAAAAAGGAAUGAAGAGGAUAUUGCCAAGAAUAAUUGGGCGAAAUCUCUCGCCAGAGGCACGAACCCGAAGAGAUUUUAUCCUCGCUUUCAUGAGAGGAUGUGGUAA